AUGGAACCUGUAAAUUAUAAACCAGGCAAUGUACUAAUCACUGGUGGUUGCGGUUUUAUUGGUUCAAAUUUCAUCAAUUACAUUUUUGAUGUUUGGCCUGAAAGUUCCAUUAUUAAUGUCGACAAGCUGAUUUUGAAUUCAGAUAUUUCUAAUAUUGAUACUGUGAUACAUUUUGCUGCGGACUGCACUUCAACUCGAUGUUAUGAUGAUCCCGUUGAAUCUAUAGAAAAUAAUGUAAUAGCUCUUAUCCAAUUUCUAGGAACUGUUCGAUCGUACGGCAAAAUCCAUCGAUUCCUGCAUAUCAGCACAGAUGAAGUUGUAUAUGGUGAUUCAAAAUUGUCAGCAAAUGAAAAAGGUAAAAAAGAAGACGCAAUUUUUUUACCUGGAAAUCCCUAUGCAGCCACAAAGGCAGCGUGUGAAUCAUACAUUAGUAUGUGCUGUGAAAAGUUCGGUAUGCCAAUUAUCAUUUUGCGCAUCAAUAAUGUUUAUGGACCAAAUCAGUGGAAUGUCAAGGUAGUUCCUCGUUUCAUCGAAGUGGCGAAAAAUAAAGAAAAAUUCAUGGUUCAAGGUAGUGGAAAACAAUUACGUUCAUGGUUGUAUGUAGACGAUGUAGCAGAAGGCAUUCGUCAAGUUGUUGAACGUGGGCAAAUAUAUGAAGUUUACAAUAUUGGAUCAGAUUUCGAAAUGAAUAUAAUUGAUUUGGCAUACAUUAUACAAAAAGAAGUAGAUCGCCAGCUUGAGCGAGACCCAUCUCCCGUUGAAUUUGUUAGUAUUCCUGAUCGACCCUAUAAUGAUUUACGCUAUUUACUUGACUGCAGCAAAAUUAAAUCGGAAAUUCAGUGGUCACAAAAAGUUGAUAUUGAAGAAGGUAUCAGAGAAACUGUCAAAUCGGCAUUAAGUCUACGAAAAAAGAAUCAAAAAAUGGUUGUUGCUGUGUACGGUGGUAAAGGUUGGAUUGGGCAGAAUUUUUGUAAAGCUUUGUGUAAAAAAGAGAUUUCAUACACAUUGGCAGAAUCUAAAAUUGGAACUGAUUCCUAUGAGCAGGUGUUGAGCGAACUAUCAAAAAUGCAUUGCACACACGUACUUUGCUGUACCGGAAGAACACAUGGUGGUGAAUUGAAUACAAUCGAAUAUCUUGAGGGUGGACCUGAGCGAACUUUCGAAAAUAUUCGCGAUAAUUUAUUUUCAGUCAUAGCUCUAGCGGAAAUGUGUCAUAAAUUAGGUUUACAUUUCACAUAUGUUGGCACUGGCUACUUAUUUUCUUACGAUCAUGAACAUGCAGCUGGAGGAGAUGGUUUCUGUGAUGAUGAUUUGCCUACAUUCUUUGGAAAUUCCUAUUCCAUUGUAAAAGGAGUGACUGAUCGCAUGAUAAGACAAUUUCAAGGGGGCACAAAAGAAUGUCUAAAUGCUCGCAUUACUCUACCACUGAAUUUCAAUUUAGAUGAGGAGAGGAAUUUACUGGCAAAGAUUUUAAAAUACAGGCAAAUUUUGGAUGUUCCCGUCUCGAUAACAAUUCUGGAUGAUUGCAUUCCAUCAUUGAUUGACUUAAUGGAGAGGCGCGUCAGUGGCAACAUAAAUUUGGUGAAUCCAGAACCUAUAAGCGUGCUUCAAAUUCUGAAACUCUAUGAAGAAAUUAUUUCAUCGAAUUCGAAUCGUUCUUAUGAAGUAUUGGAUAUAAAAAGCGAAAAACAUCGUGAAUUGUGCGCAACGAAAGGUAAUUGCGCUCUGAGUACGUCUAAACUGGAGAAGUUGUGUCCAGAAAUCCCAAAGAGUUCUGAGAGUCUCUGGAAAGGUUUUACUAGAAUGGCAAUAAAUCUCACUGAAAAAUCGAACGAUCGCACUGAUCCCGUUGAAAUUAUGAGAACAUAA